AUGACAUUCUCGGGUCGACCCCGCGCGUCCUCGAGGACAAUGUCAACAGCCUCCGAGUCGGCAACAAAAUGGAGAACCGAUCCAUUUUCCGUGGGCGACAUUCUCUGUGGUAGCUCGGGGCGGAGUUACAACAUCGAAGAGAUCCUCGCCGACCGGCGGAAGCCACUGCUAAGUGUCUACCGAGCGAGUGCCCAAGGAAACAAAUACGUCAUCAAAAAUAUCAUCAAGGACAGCUUUGAAUACCAGCAAGAACUGCAGAAACCACUGUCGGGACAUCCCAACCUGCGGACCCUUGUCGACACCAUACCAGACGGGGGACUCUUUGUGUAUCCUUUCCUACGCGGCGACCUGCUCCGUUUCGCGAAAAAGCCAUUGUCGGAUAACUUGAGGAAGAGUAUCCUGAGAAGCGCUCUUGUCGGCCUUGUGGAGCUCCACGACAGGAAUAUCAUCCACUCGGAUAUCAAGCCUAACAACAUUUUGCUGGACUACGAGGAGAUCGCCAACCAAGAAAUCAAGGUUCACAGCGUGCAGAUCUCAGAUUUGGAGGACGCAGUGCGCCUGCGACCCGGUGGGGCCCUGGCAGGGUGUAUCUCCGGAAACCAGAUAUGGCGUAGCCCUGAAGCCUGGGCUCGGGCGAAGCAGAGCACCCCUUCUGACGUCUACUCUUUCGCCAUCAUGGCCAUCUAUGUGAUGCUCAAGUACAUGGUGUUCUGGCCGGGCGACGAAGCCGCCAUGAGCACCGGCGGCGAAGCCUGGCAUACUAUCCUCUACAAUCACAUCUCGUACUUCGCUGACGAGGAAGGCAUCCAGGGGCUCCUAGAGCUUAUUGGGGAAGGGAACGAGUACUACGAGCGCUUGAUUAACAUUGGGGCAGAGGUGACAGCGAGACAGCCGUUUACCCUAUGGCUCAACGUGGACGCCGAGUUCAGGGAUUUGAUCGUGAAGAUGACGAACUUGGAUCCGGCGAGACGGAUAACAGCGCGCGAGGCUCUGGAGCAUCCCUGGUUUCGUCAAGGGGGCCCCUGA